AUGAAAACGUUUGAUAUUGUUGAGUUACUCAGUAUACCCAUCAUUCGUCCGAAGGAGACCAAGUUGAUUAUUGUGACAGGAGCGAUCGCGGUGGGGAAGACAACUUUUGCACGAGAUCUACUCGAUCAUCUCAUUAACCAAGGAUACCAUGCGACGUUACGUGUGGAGGUGGCGCGAACACUCGAGGAUGAAUUAAGGUUAUAUCAGGGUGAUUCAGAAAAAUAUGCAUUCUUCUUUCAAUAUGCGAUGAUCCAAGCAUAUUAUAAGGAAAUGGAAGAGAUCAAAAAAUUGAAAAAUUAUGACUAUAUUAUUCUUGAUAGAAGUCAUCUUGAUACGAUUCCGUUUACGAAUGUGAUGAUUCCUGAUGGAGAUGGAGAAGUCUUGAUGGUUCUUGAAGAUAAAUUGAGUAAGAUUAAGUUUCCAUUUGAUGUCGCGAAGGUGAUAUAUUUGAAACCAUCUUGUGAUAAGAUGUUAGAGCGUUACAGGAUUCGUGAACUUGAUGAGUGUGUAAAGGAGAGUGGUGUGGAUGUGGGUUAUGAUGAUGAUUAUCUUAUUGCAAUUUAUGAGCAAUAUGACUUGUGUAUGGAGAACAUGUAUUCGAGUUAUAUGAAAGUUAUAUCUCAUCCGGUGAUACAUUCACCAGGGUGGGAAAAAAAAUGCAUAAAGAUGGAAAUGAUAACACGUGAAAACUUAUUGAUUGGUGAUUGUGACUAUGAUGGUGUGCAAUUUCAUUUUCUUCCUAUUGAUGUUGACGAAUCAACAUUAUAUGAAACCGGUGAUUAUGUGUUAAGGUUACAUGGAAUUUUGACAAAUGGUCGUAGGAUGCGAAUUGAUGUGUGUGGAAUUAAACCCUUUUUUGAUAUCCUGAUAAAUGGAGUGGAUGUGGAUGAGAUGUUAUCAGAGAUCAAAUGUGAAUCAUAUGAGAUAAUUCAAGCAAAACCGAUUAAUUUGUUUUGUGAGAACACCAAAGAAUUUGUUCGUUUUUAUUUUAAGAAUAGUGGAAUUCGAUCGAAACAAUUGAAGAUGGUGAAGGAUCGAUAUGUGACAUAUUCUAAUGAUCUUACGUUUCACUAUCGCAAGGUGUUGAGAGAAUGUAAGAUUGAUGUAACGCGAUGGAAGAUGAUUGAAUCGAGUGAAUUGGUGUAUGGUAAUGAUCAAUAUCGAAAGGUGUUAAAGGUUCAUCGUGAUCAUAUAAUCAAUAGUCAGAAUCCUCCAAGGAGGGAUCGGAUUAUGAUUCUCUGUUGGGAUAUCGAGACUUAUAGUUCACGUGAGGGUGGCGAGGUUCCAAAACCAGAGUAUGAUGAAGAUGAGGUAUUCAUGAUAUGUAUGACGGUACAUUGGUAUGAUGAGAAUGAACCGAUUCGAAAGAUUUGCUUGUGCACUCAGGAUUUGAAUGAAUGUGAGAAUUGGAUAUUUAGGAGGUCGUAUUCUCAAGAACAGAUGAUAAUGGAUUUUGCAUACUGCGUAAAGUUAAUUAAUCCAGAUGUGAUGAUGGGGUUUAAUGAUGGUGGAUAUGAUUGGCCAUUUGUACUCAAGAAAGCUGAGCGGUUAAAUAUAUUGAGAGAUUUUGUGAGUACGAUGGGUGGAACGAAAUUUAAAGGAAGUUCGAUCAGUGAUGCGGGUUAUAAUAUUCAUGAGAAUAAUAUUAAGAUUACAGCUCAAGAUAAUGUCAGAGUGAUGUAUUUUCGUAGAUUGGGAACGUUGAUGAUAGAUGUGAUGGUAUCAUUUCGAAAGAUGUAUCCAAACUCGGAGAGAAAUUCACUCUCCCAUUUUUUGAAGAUGAUAAAUCUCGAAGGAAAGGUGGAUCUAUCCCAUUUAGUUCUGAGAAAAUAUUAUCGAGAUU